AUGGAAAAAACUGUAUUAUCCUCGUUUGCACCCAUAGUGACGGGUAUUUCUCCUAAGGAAGGUCCCCCUGGAACGAAAAUCACUAUCAGAGGAGAAAAUUUCGGACAAAAAUCUAAUGACUUAUUAAGCGUUUUUAUUUGUGGCUGUGAUUGUACACUUUCAGCAGACUGGAAAUCUCCUAAUAAAAUUAUAGCUCGAUCGGGACCCGAGAAAGGAAAAGGUGAUAUAAUUAUCACGACAAAACAAGGUGGAAUAGGUAGUUGCACUGUGCAGUUUAGAGCAUAUCAUGAAACAGUUGGUCCGACAAAGGAAAGUGCUGUAUGGGUUGAGGAGGCUCCAGUGCACACACUUUCAUGGUGUAGGAGAUCAUUAUCUCCUACAAGCUAUCAACAAGAAGAUCCCCUAGGUCUCUCUGUUGAAGGAAAUGAAAAUAAAAUGCCAGAGGAUGAUUUAAAUGAAUUAUUUCCAAAUGGCUCAGGAGAUUUGGCUUCCAAAAAUUUUAAUUCUGGAUGGUUUCUUUUAGAACAUCAUAACAGUACAAAUUUUGAUGAUUUGAAAGCUGGUUUAUCAUAUCUUAAAAGAAGGGUUGAUGCUCAAAAGGAAGGACAACUUUCAUUUUUGAAGUCUAAUGUUGGUUCUGUUAUUGAUCAAAUUGACAUGCUGGCUAAAUUUAAGGAAAAAUUGGAAGGUGAUUUAAAAGGCAAGGAUGAAUUUGGAGAAGAAUUAGAAAUUAAAAUUCAAAUAUCAAAAGAAGAGGCUUGUAGAUUAUUUCAAGAAGUUUUAACUAAAAGAGAAAAAGCUGAUGCUACCAGAAAUGCUUUAACAGUAUUAACUAGAUUUAAAUUUCUUUUCUGUUUACCAUCAUUAAUAGAAAAAAAUAUUCUCAAAGGAGAUUUUGAUGUUGUUAUAAAUGAUUAUGCAAGAGUAAAAAGUUUAUUCGGAGAUAAAGAUGUUGUUGUAUUUAAAAAAGCUUUGUCCGAAAUUGAAAACAGAAUUGGUCAUGCUAGGGAAGCUAUCAAAAAAAAUUUAGAAGAUCCCCCAAUGGCAUUUGAAGAUUAUUUAAAAUUAAUAAAAAAUUUAAUUCAUUUAGAAACUCCUGGAGAUCCAGCUUGGUUGGGUAUUGAAUGUUUUGCCAAUCAUCUCCUUGUUUCAAUGAAUGAUUUAAAGGAUAAAUACUUGGUGUUAGAAUCAUCCGAUCAUUCUAAAAGAAAUAAAAUGUAUUUUGGAUCAGAACUCUAUUGUUCUCCUGACAUAGAAAAACAUCAAAGUUACAAAACUAUUGUUUUAAGCAUGACUGACUUUUUUUGUAAUUUAAUGAGAAGUGCUAUUUUACCACAUACUUUACAAGGUAUUAACCAAAAACGUCAAAACUAUGGAGUUUGGUCGACAAAUGGACUGGAUAUUGUGAUUCUGUGGUUGCCACAUUGUCUGAGAUAUUUUCUUACUUGCUACAGUUGUUUUGUUAGAAUUGAUUUGCCUUCAAAUGUCUUAGAUAUUUUUUCUACUCUUUUACUUGACUUAAGGUUACAAUGUUUUUCAACAAUAUUCAAACAGGCUGGUGAUAGUAUUUCUGCUUUUUACAAAACAGAAAAUUGGGUAAUUGACAUUGAUGAAUCAUAUGGCGGUAUAACAAGUUUACCCAAAUUAUGUCAUUCAAAAUUUUGCGAUGUAAUGCAAUUAAUUCAUGAUUCAGUUCAUUGUGGAGAAGCCAAGGAAGUAUUUUUGGCUGAAAACCCGUAUACAAAAAAAGAAAUAUUUACUUUAGUUCAUCAAUUUUUCAAUAAUUUUACUCAAGUCUUAAAAAAACUCGCAUUUGAUAGUUCUGAUGAAAAUUCUGAAAGGCCAACUGUUGUUUCUCAACUAAUCUACACAUCAGAUGUAAGCAAAAAUAUAUCUUUUAAGACUGUUACAUUGGAACAACGUUUAUUGGCAGUUAUGUGCAAUUGUCAUUACACAGCAGAAUCAGUUUUACCCGAUUUAUUUGAAAAAAUGAAACUUCAAGGAUUUAAAAUUGAAAAUGAAUUUGUAAACAAUACUAAAAAUUUAUUCACUACUUUAAGUUCUAAAAUUUUUGAUCAAUAUAAUGAAUUGAAAUGUGAUCCCUUAGUUGGGACUAUUGAACCCUCAAUGUAUGUUCUUCAUUUUGACUGGGACAAAAAUUUUGAACCUGUCGAUAUAAAACCUUAUGCCAAAGAAAUUGUAAUGAAUUUAAUAGGAGUCAGAUCAGAGUUGUAUAAAGUGCCUUUUCCAUUGGUUUAUAAAAUAAUGUCUAAAAUUGUAGACACUGUAGCUGAAGAGCUUGCAAGACUUAUGUCAUGCGUUAAAAAGUUUAGUAUUGCAGGAAAUAUACAAGCCCGAGCUGACAUUUUGUCAAUAAAAGAAGCAACCAAAUUGUAUAUAUCUGACAAAGGAAAUAAAUUUUAUGAAGAAGCAUUAAAUAGUAUACCAUUAUUAAAAAAAGAAGGACACAUUUUAUGUAUUAUAAAUUAUGCAAUAAUUGUUAAUCCUUUUGUCUGGUCCAGUUUAUAUUUAUUAGUUUAA